AACAUAAUGGAUCAAGUUCCUCUGUGGCACGACAAGGUGGCAGCUUACAUCUUACAGCCUAAAACACUCGCACACAGAUCCCAACAUAUAGACGCACGUCUCAAGGUGCUCCAAGCCGUCUGAUAUGUACUGCCUUGCCGUGUAGGGAUUGAUCACGGUCAAUUCUAGAAUCGGCCGAUUCACCGAUCCGAUUUCCGUCUCGAGGGAGCUGAGUUGUCCGACGAGAAGCUUGAAGUCCGGUGGCUGAAUUGCCUGAAAUUGAUACUUCUAACUGUAAUGAAGUCGGUCUUUAUUUUAUCGUUGCGCAGAAUGGCGAAGACACCGCUAGGGUUCGAACCAGUGGAAGGGUCGCUGACAUCGUCGUCGAAGAAGAGGGAGUACAGAGUGACGAACAGACUUCAGGAGGGCAAGCGUCCUCUUUACGCCAUCGUUUUCAACUUCAUUGAUCCCCGCUACUACAAUGUUUUCGCGACUGUCGGAGGCCAUCGCGUGACUGUUUACCAGUGCCUUGAAGGAGGUGUCAUAGAUGGCUUGCAGUCUUAUGCUGAUGAAGAUAAGGAUGAAUCAUUCUACACUUUGAGUUGGGCGUGUAAUAUCGAUGGAGCACCAUUUUUAGUUGCAGGUGGAAUCAGUGGUAUCAUUAGGGUCAUUGACACUGGCAGUGAGAAGAUAUAUAAGAAUUUGGUUGGCCAUGGGGACUCGGUAAAUGAAAUCAGGACUCAAGCAUUGAAACCAUCACUUGUGAUCUCUGCAAGCAAAGAUGAGUCUGUCAGGCUAUGGAAUGUGCAUACUGGGAUAUGCAUCUUGAUAUUUGGUGGAGCUGGGGGUCAUCGCAAUGAAGUCUUGAGCGUGGACUUCCAUCCUUCAGACAUAUACCGCAUUGCAAGUUGUGGUAUGGAUAAUACAGUAAAGAUUUGGUCCAUGAAAGAGUUUUGGACUUAUGUUGAGAAGUCUUUUACAUGGACUGACCUUCCCUCCAAAUUCCCCACGAAAUAUGUGCAAUUUCCCAUGGUCAUAGCUUCAGUUCACUCAAACUAUGUUGACUGCAAUAGAUGGCUUGGUGAUUUCAUCUUAUCAAAGAGUGUUGACAAUGCAAUUGUCUUGUGGGAACCAAAAACCAAGGAACAGAUUCCUGGUGAGGGCGCUGUGGACAUUCUUCAGAAGUACCCUGUUCCAGAGUGUGAUAUUUGGUUCAUCAAGUUCUCAUGUGAUUUUCAUUACAAUGCAACAGCUAUUGGUAACAGGGAAGGCAAGAUUUAUGUAUGGGAACUGCAGUCCAGCCCCCCUAUGCUCCUAGCUAGGCUGUCCCAUAUGCAAUGUAGAUCUCCAAUCAGACAGACUGCCAUGUCCUUUGAUGGAAGCACCAUCCUUAGCUGUUGUGAAGAUGGGACAAUUUGGCGCUGGGAUGCUACUGCAGCUCCAUGAGCUUCCCAGAUGACACACUAUAUUUGUGAAAUUUUAUUGAAUUUGUUCCUGAGAAAUAUUAAUGCCACCAAAGUUCAUUGUUUCCGAAGUGGUUGUGACCAAAGGAGUCUUUGCAGCAUGAUCUAUCCAAAACAUCGCAAGGAAAAAAGAAUCAAAUUUGUAUUUAUGUCUAAAAGUCCUAUAGUUUAAUUGGUGAUGGUUUUAACUUUAUUGGUUUUCCCCAUUCAUGGCUCACCAUUCAUGUCUGUGUAGCAAUAGCCUGCAAUCACGAUGAACUAUCAGACGAUCAAAGUAUAAUGUAGUGUGAAUUCUUGAUGCAGUUCUUCA